AUGGCCUCCCGGCCGGUCACAGCACUCGUUACCGGCGGCGCAUCCGGUAUCGGUCUCGGCAUAGUACGCACCCUCCUCGCCUCGACCUCUCCCCCCUACAACAUCCUCAUCGUCGACCGCUCCUCCGCCUCUUUCCCCUCGGUCCUCUCGACUCUCUCGUCCGACUUUGGCGAUGCGCGGGUACGGACUUGCGUCGAAUGCGUUGCGGCGGAUGUGACGAGGUACGAGGAGCUGAGGGAUGCGUUCGAGAAGGCGAGAAGGAAGAGGGAGGGGUGGUCGGGACGAGUAGACGUCGUCUGUGCGAUUGCAGGCAUCUCGCAGGUCUUCACCGAUCCUGAGGGCAAAGACCCGUUCCUCCGCAGCGCGAAGCUGGACGAGGACGGUCUCGCAGUCCCACCCAACCUCGCCGUUAUCAACGUGAACCUGAUCGGCGUCCUCAACACCGUCCAUCUCGCUAUCUCUCACUUCCGCUCACAAGAUCCGGACGCACACGUUUGGCGCGGUCGGGUCGUCUGCGCGGGCUCGACUGCUAGCUUGUACCCCUUUCCGAACGAGAGUUUGUACGGCGCGGCUAAGCACGGCGUACUUGGCGUCGUCCGCUCGCUCGCGCCGACUUUACAACCGGAAGGCAUCUCGAUCAACGCUAUCGCUCCGUCGCUCGUCGAGACCGGCAUCGGCAACCCUGAAGCUUUCGCCGCCUUGCGAGAGACGAACUGCCUCACGCCGAUGGAGACGGUGACCAAGGCCGUGCAGGUUCUCAUCGAGCCGGAAGGACGUUUGACGGGCCAAGUCCUCGAAUGCUGCCUGUCGUCCAUCCUCCUCCGCUUGCCGCCACGCCUGCCGAACCACGACGAGGCGCGCUGUAUGGAGAUGAUCUGGCCGUGGAAGGAUGUCGAGCGAAGCGUGUAUGGCUGGAGAAGCGAGGAGGGGGAGAGGUGGUUGCGGGAGAGGGGUGUUGAGGUGGUGAAGGAAUAG